AUGGAUAACAAUAAACUUUUACCAAAAUUAUCACAAAAUUUACUUGAAAUUUUAAACGAUGAAGAAUAUUAUGAUAUUAUUAUUGAAGUUGGUAAUGACCCUUACGUAAAAAUCUUCCGUGCUCACAUGAUUAUUUUAUAUUAUCUUUCCCCUUACUUGCGAAAAAUUCAAUCAACGAAUAAAAAUAAAAGUGAUGGAAUUUUGUCUCAUAUUAAAUUAUCAACCAUUUUACCAGAAAUUUUUCAAAUAAUUUUAAGGUAUAUAUACGGUGAAAAACUUUCUUUGAAUGAAUAUAAUACUUUAAACCUAAUUAAAGUUUUAGUAGUUGCUGCCAGCGUACUUAAUCUUCAAGAAUUAAUCACAUAUCUAUAA